CAUUCAGCCUGCAGUCAACCAACUUUGCCCUACAUUAAUUGCAAUCAAAAUAUACUGCCUCGAUCGGUCGUACCGAUAUGUGCACGUACUACCCAAGUAAACAUUUACCCCUGCAUAUUAUAGCUGUAUAUUGAAUUGAAUGGACCAAAAUUAGCAUUGCUGUUUACUAUCAGACGAUAGAUCAGGUGAGGACUUCUUCUGGAAGAACUAGAGAAACGGGCGUACAAAGAUGGCGUCGGCUUGUGAAAACCAGAUACGGAUCAUGCUUUGGGCACCUCCACGAUCACUGUCUACGGCAUUUGAACGAUGUAUAAGCUGCCUUAAUAGUGACACAAUGAAGGUGGAUGUUAACCAUGAACUUUAUACAGCUGCAUGCCAUCUAGGUCCAAAUAGACAGAUCAAGAUUCCAAGACUGUUCGAACCUGUGGUCUAUGAGCCAAAACUGUCCUACAAGAAAGUCAAGAAACGCCUCGAGGCAGAGAAGGCCGGUAAGGAUUUGGUGUUUUGUAAAGAACUAGCUUACACGGUUGCUGGGAAGUUUGACAUGAUCGCUGAUGGCUACACACAUACCUUCUUGAUCCGACAUCCUGCAAAGGUGUUCCUGUCUUUUCAAACCUUCCUGGAAAAGUUUCCAAACAAACUCUUGAAGCUGGACCUAAGAAAUGAUAUCCUACCAGAAGGUCUGGUAUACAAAGAGAUGUAUGAUUUAAUGGAGUAUACUACUCAUAAACUAGGUCAGAAACCCAUUGUUAUAGACGCAGAUGACUUAGUGGAGAACCCGGAGGAGAUGUUGAAGAUGUAUUGUCAUGCUACCGGUGUGACAUAUCAAGAACCUAUGACUGCAUGGAGAAAAGUAAAGUACGACCUUAAAGAGUGGAGCUACUCUAAGAGACUCAUGUUUGUUAAUAAAGUCAUGGGACAGUAUGACCGUGCCUUUAGCACCUCCGAGCUUGUUAAAUCCUCAAAGUCUGAUAUCGAUAUCAACUGUUUGCCGAAGAAGAUCAGGGACCUGGUAGAUAUCGCCUUGCCGUACUACGAGCAGAUGUACGAAUGUCGGCUCCGACUAGACCAAACCGAACACACGUCAUCGACAUCCAGUACAGACUCGUCAUCGAUGUCGACAAGCUUUUCAUUAUUACAUGAAUCAUUAGAUUGUGAAUCAGCCAUGAGCAUAGGUGAAAUUAACAGCAAACCUGAGAAGUCAUGAGUGCUUGGCGAAAAAACACUUUCAGGAAGUGAAAUGGGAAUAUUUAUGCGGCAUCAAUCGAAAUUCCUUGAUGUCGUUGAGAUUUGAUUAUUCAAUUGCCUUACCUCAGAGUCGUUUUGAGUUAACGAUAUUAUUUCAGAUUACACUGCAAGUUUGUUUGGAUGAUGUCAGUACGUCACUUUUUUUGUUGAAAGGAUGCUGUUCUUAGAGGAACGCCGAAAAUAUGACGCAGAAAAGGGACAAGACAUCGCAAACCUUGAAAAAAAAUAAAGAUUGGAAGAAUCAAAGGACCAAUAAACUAAUUCAAGUUUAUCUGUAUGGCGUCGGAUCCAUAACACUUUCACGGCUUGGUCCUUUAUUGUUUUCAAUUAUCAGUUUAUGUUAUAAAUAAUUAUUUCAUAUCACGGAUGCCCUGUUGAUCAGGGGAUCCAGUAUUUGUGACGUAUUUUUUUUGUGAGCAUCUGAUCGUCUGUGAUUAUCUGGACUCUUAUUUGGAUUUUUCACAGUACGAAAUGACGAUGAUAUCAGAUUGGUGAUUCAUGACGAGGGCGGUUUGCCGGAGAGUACAGAACCAAUGUAAAUUUUGUAAGGAAUGACGUCAUGAAAAACAGAGAAGAUAGAAGGUGUGCGUUAUCAUUUGCACAUGCGCAGAAGGAAUAUUCGAGUGGAUUUACAACUGCUUUCCGCUUUGUCGUCCUCCGAUUUAAAGUCAUACAUCAAGUUUUAUUUUCUUUGAAUUGGCACGUUACAUAAGCAGGCUUCUCAAAUGAUUCCCAAAAAUUUUUGAUUAUUUUCCAGAGAUGAUUUCUUUUGAAAAAAAAAGGAAGAUCUGGAAUGAUGGAGCCCUUGUUGACGACUGCAUUGUUACAUAUUUGCUUGGCCUUAUUGCUUGAAUUUGCCUGAUUUUCUUGAAUAAUUAAUUUUCUAUGAAAUUACAAUUAUUUUGUAAUCCAUGUAAAUCACAUUGAUUAAUGCGUUAUACAAAAGUAUUUUAAUUUGACAAUCCGGUGACCAUACGGUCAUCAUUUAGUUUUUUAAGAAAAAAAUUAUGGACGCUUUAUAAUGAUUUUUUUUCAUAUUGGCAUAAUGUCUAUGGUUUGAUUGAAAUACAACAUCUUCAGAAAAUUAACAGAGACCCAUAUUUUACAUUGAUCAUACUUGUCAAGUAGGUCUCUGGUAUUUCUCACUUACAAAAAGAAAAUAUGACAGAGAGAAUUUGGCCUUGAAAUUUGUGCAUGAAUGGUAAAUUCUUAAGUAUUACAAAAUCACUUCAUAUUCAUUCUGAAGUUCAAAUUGAUUUUAGCCAAGGACUGGCUUUACAAAGUAAUAAUAUUUAAAAUAUUCAAUGAUGGAGUUGGCGUUUUAGCGUUAUAUCCAGUCAAUGCACAACAAGUGCUCUAUAUAACGAGUUAUUAUUGGAGGGGGUGGCCUGUUCAGAGAGUUCAUUAGACCCAUGUUAGAGAAAACAGGUCAGUGGUAUCUUGAAAAGCUAAUGGUAAUGCCCAUUCAACUACGUCAUCUUAUACGAGUUGUGUUUACAAACGCAUGGAUAGUAAAAAAAAAAAAAGCGGAGAUCAUAAAACGGUUUUAGUGGGGGUUUGUU